AUGGAAGACUACGAAGAGGAGCUCAACUUGGACGAGUGGUAUGGUUUUCGGCGGCCAGACGAUGACGUCGGUCGAUCGAUAAUCACCAUGCUUAAGGGGGACGUGGGGCCAGAGCUACAGAGGAUUGUGAUGAGACGGCGACUUGCCGGGCCACAAAUACUCUCUCGAUGCAAUGAUCUAGAACGUGUUGGCCCCCUCACUCUACUGCAUCCUCCUGAGAAGGGGAGAGCAGACACAUGUCGAUACCAUUUGUUAUCCCAUAGCGACUUCCCAGAUGACAACGACCCCAAUAUUGAGAAGAUGUAUUUUGACAAAAUGUGCCCUGAUAUGGCUAAGCGGCUCGCAAUAUAUGGGAAAAUCGGAAAAGGAACUUUUGGUCGAAUAUAUGCUGCUAGAGAAAUUAUCCCUCCCCCAACCGACAUAGGUAUUGGCAGCGGCGCCAGUACAGACUCCGAUUCUGGCUCAUGGUUGAAUAGUAUGGGCGUAUUAACUGGGGCCACUGAUCCGAGGGCAAACAGCGGCAUACCUAGAGCACCACGCCAGUUUGCUAUAAAAAUGGAGCUUCAAUGUCCGUUGCGGGUGCAUGGAUUUGCCAGGGCUCAUACGUGUGAAUACCGAGAGGUGGCCACCGCAUCGCAACGUUUUCUACCUGUCGAAGCAGUUAUUCUCCAACUCCUCACACAAUGCGACAGAUUCCCGACGAUUGACUCCAUCUAUGUCCAUAAGGAGUUUGCGUCGAUUGUCAUGUCCGCUGACAGCGUGGAUGAUAGCCCUUUGCGAGAAACUCUACCUCAAUUAAGAAAUGCCAUUCCUACACAUUCUUUCCCGGGAUAUAAUGGGGAACAAUUGACGCGUUUGAAACGUACGAGAGUUAGCGAAAUUCAGGCGUGCAAGAUUGCCUCUCAUCUUCUUGAGGCGAUUGUUUAUCUCAUGGAUAUGAAGAUGGUGCAUGGCGACUUAAGCCAUCGAAAUUAUCUUGUGGAUAAAAAUCUUAAUGCCCAACUUAUCGACUUUGGCGCUGUAUAUGCAGCUGAAAGAGGUGGAUGGAUGACUAACCAAUAUGGAUAUAUCGAGGCAUUCGAAUAUUUCGUUAAUCCAGAGAUAGCCUUAGCAUUCGCAACCACUGACUUAAAAGAACCCAUGAAGACCGUUUCGGAUAGCAUGGUAAGUCUGGAUCACGAUAUUAGGGUACAGUAUCUUUGGAAAUUUGGUGUCCUAGUUUAUGAUCUGCUUCAUGGGUAUUCUCCUUGGGAAACUCCGGAGCGUCAACCAAAUCUUGGAGACAUUAAGACCCUCUAUGCAUGGCAAGAUGACGAUGAAGAGAAGUUUCAUUACCUUUACGAUAGAAGGCUGCGAAUCAUGAACGAAGAGUUGCCAAUUGACGAACGACUAUCGCAAGAUUGUGUUGACGCACUGAGGCAUUUGCUGGCAAGAGAUGAGUCUAAUCGGAUGGAGAUGGAAGAGUUGCAGAGAUUGCCUUGGUUUCAGGGGCAUUGGGUUGACCAUCCUUCUUCAGAGCUGAAAAGACCGCCUAGGGUAGAUUGA